AUAAGUUUACAAGCCGAGUCAGUCUGCUGGCGUCUUGGGCCAUGGACUACUGACCAGAUCUCAAGAGGACACAGACAUGAAGGCCCUAUCCGUGGCUAUUUUCCUACUGGCGGCCAGUUUCCUACGAACCGUCCAUGGAGUGCUCUCCGUCAACGCAACCCCUGCUUUCAUCAAACCAUGCAGGAAAGACGACCCAGAUAUCAACGGGUGCCUCAAACACGCUUUCGACCAUCUCAGGCCGUAUCUUUCCAAAGGGAUACCCGAGAUAAAACUGCAGUCCAUCGAGCCUUUGAAAAUACCCAAGAUGACAAUGGACAACGGCAACGGGGCCGUGAGAGUGAGAGCGCAGUUCAACAACAUCACAGUCUACGGGGCGACCAACUACACCAUUAUAGACGUCAAGGGUAAUGUGACAUCUUACAAGUUGGAUCUCACCCUCGGGAUUCCGAGGAUAGAAGUGACUGGGAGUUACGACGUCAAUGGGAACGUCCUGCUCUUCCCAGUCAGAAGCCGGGGUGAUUUCUGGGCCAUGUUUUCUAACAUCACCGGCGUCGGUAAGAUUUACGGGAAGGAGGUUGUCAAGAGCGGAAUCAAGUUCAUGAAGACGGAGAAACUCCUUGUCGAUUUUAAAUUGGCCAGGUCCAGGUUCAGGAUCCGCGACCACUUAAACGGAAACAACGUAAUAGGUGAGGCGAUGAACCAAUUUUUGAACCAGAACGCCAACGAGAUUAUAGAAGAGAUGAAGCCAGCCGCUGCAGCUGCGAUCGGAAAGCACUUCAAAGCAUUUCUGAACGGAGCCUUCCUUCAAGUGCCGAUCCCGGUCUGGCUCAAGGAGUGAUAUUCAGCCCGUCCGGCGUAAUACAGCCCUUUGAAAGAAAUGAGACGAAAGGAAAGUACGUACAGCUCAAGUGAUUUUCCUUUGUGAUUUGAAACUGUGGGCUUUAGACGACCCCACCUAACAGACUGUGCACUGGCUACAUCACAAUUAUUUAUUUCAGUAAAUAUUAUUUUAAUAUCUAAGAUACCGGUGUUGAGAUUGUCACAGAAAAUAGAUAUCUUGAAAUUAGACAUGUACAAAGAUUUUUUUCACUCGAUGAUUGUUGUGAUACAAAUUGUGUUUAAAAAUAUUUAAAAGUAUAAAUUUUUAGCUAUUAGAUAAAUUUAAUCUGAUCUAAAAAAUUAUCUGAAUAUAAAAUGAGACCAAAUAUUAAUAGUUAAUUUAAUAAGAAGGACAAAUUGAAUGAAAAAUAUCUAUAAAUGUUGCAGGUUUGAUAGUCAAACCUUUUGUAAAUAUUUUAAAUAAUUGUUUAAUUGU